GGCCUCUGCCUUGGAUGGAUGGUGACUCAUUGACCUGUGAUAGUAUAGAGGGCCUUUAUUGUUUUAGUCCGGAGAUGAGACGUCACAAUGGCUUGUCAUGCGAUCAGGGAGAAAAAUAAGAGAAAGUCUCAGUAUCCCCAAGGUGGCUAUCCGGCUGGUCAGGUGCCCGGUGCUCAACCACAAUACCCUGGAAACUACCAAAACCAGCAGGCUGGGUUCGGACCACCUGGAACGGCCUACCCUCAAGGAGGUGGAGGGCAGCCACAGCCUCAAGGGGGGCCAGGAUACCCCCAAGGCCCACCUCCCCAAGGGGGGCCAGGAUACCCCCAAGGCCCGCCUCCCCAAGGGGGCCCAGGAUAUCCCCAAGGGCCGCCUCCUCAAGGGGGCCCAGGAUAUCCCCCAGGCCCAGGACAAGCCCCUCAACAACAAGAAGUGACCUACCCAAACCGCACCUAUGAACAGACUCAAGGCCAAGUACAGCCUCAGGGGCAGCCGCGACCCCAAGGUGGAGGGUAUCCCCAGGGUACACCUGCAGGAGGGCUGCCACCGCCCCCAGCGGCACAACGUCCGCAACAAGCUCCAGGAGGAGAGCAGUGGGCCUCUGCUCCGAGUUACCAUGGGAGUGAUAUACCCACUGACGAUCUCAUGGAUGACCCCAACCGAGCUGCCCCAAAUCCCUCAGCACCCCCUAUGGAGAAGAUGGAUCACCUCAGCGGCUACGAGAAUGUGUCAUUCAACGACGCACCCCUGGCACCUCCAUCCUACAAUGAAGUGAUGAGUGGACCUCCCCCUGAAAGGCCUCAAAUCAAAGGAGUGACUGGUAUAUCUGCUGAGGAAGCCCAAGAUGCUCUGGUUGAUUUUGCUUCACAGCAGUGCUGCUACGGAACCGGGGCGGCAAAGAAUAUGAGCAUCGUCAAUAUGGAGGGAUCGAGUGCAUUCCAUUAUACACUUGAGACAUUUACAGAAGCAAGGUCGACCUGUUGGGCUUACGAACCUUUUAAAGGCCAACCUAUUGAUGGAUCCAACAACGGCCCGGCCCCCGGCCCAUGGGACAUCCAGGUUCAGCAGAGGACCAAGUUCCAGGACUCCACCAUGCAUAUGGAGAUACCCCAUACAGCCUCAGUCAAGCCAUGUCACGAGUGUGGUAGUAUUGGACGUGUCAGAUGCUGGAGGUGCCACGGAAGAGGCAGGGUGAUGUGCCAUCAUUGCAGCGGCUCCGGGCGUGAGACUUACUACGAGGAUGGCCACCACCACCACCGCUCUUGCACCUGGUGCCACGGAAGCGGUAGAAACCGGUGCCACACUUGCUUUGGGCACGGUCAGGUACCGUGUGCCAUCUGCGAGGCAAGGGGCUCACUCAAGUGUUACAUCAAGUUAACUGUAAAAUGGAUUAACCAUUUAGCUGAUCAUAUCGUGGAGAGAACAUCGCUACCCGAUCACCUGAUCCGCAAUGUAUCGGGAGAAUUGGCGUUUGAGGAGGAGUUGCCAAGGGUCUGGGCAAUCAAUCACUUCCCCGAAGAUAGUAUCAACAAGGCCUCAGGCCAGUUGGUUCAGCAGCACAGUGGGGCCUUCCCGACUGAGAGGAUCUUGCUUCAGCGUCACAGAGUGCGAAUCAUCCCAGUGAAUGAGGCAACCUAUGAGCAUAAAGGAAAGACUCGUAACUUCUUCGUCUAUGGCUUUGAGAAGAAAGUGUACACUGCGGAUUACCCUGACAGCUGUUGCUGGGGAUGUACCAUCUUGUAAACAUGCAAUAUCUUGGCAAUGUUAUGCCAGGCUGUAGAUAUAUGAUAUGUUGUUCUUGCCGAGCUGUAGAUGGAUUACAGGGUCAACUUGGGCAUGAAAUAUUUUAGUUGAUCAUUCAAAAAUGGCAUCCAGCAGUCAAAAGCCAUGUCAAAAAUGCCUCACAAUACUGGCAAAAAUCUUUACUAUAGAGCAGCAUUGGAUGAUUGGUGUGAUACUACUAGUGGCGGCGCAUGGUGGCAAGCAGAGGUACUAUCCUCUUGGCCAGGUACAUGCAAUGGCUAAGUUUAACUGAUGACGUCAUGAAUGUAUGUUAUUGCAUUGCGCACCCACUGGAAAUGUUCUUCAAUAUAGUUUUUGCUGAAGAAGAUGCAGCCCACCAGUGUCCUGUUCAUAUUUCUUGUGCGUCCGAUUUAAAAUGUCAUGAAACUUUAUAACAAAUUAUAUAAUUAUAUCAUGGAGUGUUUUUGUGUUGUCGUCAUCAUUAUUGUAGUUUGUGUGUUUUGACGAUCAUUAUAAUAUUGCUAACAUUGUUAUCUUUUCACAUCGGGCAUAUCCUUUGCACCCGUUCCUUUACCCUUUUCAGGACUUUGUUGAAAAAUUAUUUUGUAUCCAGUUGCACUUGAACACACCAGAUCUCACUAUCGCAAUCAUACUUACGAUAUAAAAUCUGGAAAGUUUUUUCCUAUUUUCCUCGAAUUGAAAGACCUCAAAGGAAUAUUGGUCAAAUCCUGGCCUUGAUAAUUCAACUACAAUGCGCUACAAGAUAUGAAAUUAUGGUCAUAAUAUCGUAAACUUUUUGUUGCUCAACACGAUAUAUGGUUUGGGAGUAAGAAAUGUCAGAUUUUUUUAUGAAUGCUGUAUUUUUAGCAAAACUCAAAUGUGUUACAAAAUAUAAAAUUCUGGUCAUGAUAUACGUGUUGAGAACUGUUUGUUCCUCAACAUAAUAUUCUGUUUGGUAGUAAGCAAUGUCUGUGUUUAAUGCAUAAUACUGGUACUACAUGUAUGGUUUUCAGCCAGAGUGGAAUUCUGUAUCAUUCUAGAAGCCCUGGACUUGUCUGGCCCGUGAAAAUGUCUGUUGUCCUUGUAUAUUUCUGCUAUAUUCUAUUCUAUACUUACUCGCAUUUAUUUUGCUAUGAUACUAUACAUGUAUAAAAAAAUGUAUUUUGUUACUUUAUUCCUGCCACCUUGGGCUACUUUCCCGUUGCCAGUUUUCGGAUGUUAUUUUGAGAAAUUUUCCAACUGUCCUAUGAAAUUAAUCAAAUGCUGGUGCCUUUGGUAAUAAAUGUGCCAAAUUGCUUGAAAUAGUGUCCACUUGGUCAAUAAUUUUGUAUUAUGGUGUGCUUGUAGAAAUUAUAGUGGUAGUGAUGCUUUUAUGCUAUUACGCUUUCAAAUUGCAAAAAUUUAUAUAAUUUUUGGCAGAAUAAUUUGAUCCCCAAAAAUGGUCACCUGUGGUAUAUUCAUGUAUUCAAUGAUAAUCCGCCCUUCUGUAGAAGUUGAGAGAAAAAUCUGUCAGUAUUCAAAAUAUUCUGUCUUCCUACAAUCACCAGAUUCAUUCAUAUACCAAUUUUGUAUUCUGUUGUUUUUGCACUUACAAUGUAAUAUAACAAUUGUGCCUUGUAUAUUCUCCUCAUUAUAGCAAUAUUCAUGACUAAGGCAGGUGGUGUAUUCACGUGUCAGUACUAUUAUACUCUAUAUUCCAUGAUCUAACACUGGUUGAUAAAUUAGGAUGGGUCCUUAAUAGAGAGGUUCUACUGCAAGGGAUCCAUGGUAAAGUGUUCCAUCCAACUGUUGUUGUGGUGUUCUGUGUUAUAAAUCACAUCUAAUAAAACUGCUUCAUCUACAUUGUA